GUGGGGGCGGGGGCGGGGGCGGGGGCGGGGGCGGCGGCGGCUGGGCCUCCCGGGAGCCGAGAGCGGACCCUCCCUUCGACACCGAGAGCUCCCGCCCCGGGUCCCAGUGCAAGACCCCGAACCCUACUGUUCUCCCCCGGUCGGGGUCGUUGCUUGCCAGGCCCCUCUCCCGCCGCGGAGUCUCCGUCACCGGUCCCAAGCCCGCCCUGGGGUCUCUCCACCGGACUCCCCUCCCGGGUCGCCCCAAGGGGCUGCUUCCGCGGCGCGAGAUGCCGCCGGUAACCAGGCGCCGCGCGCGCCGGCCUCGCACUGUUGUGCUCCCCUCUCCCCCUCCGCCCCCAACUCGUUCCGCCCCCGGUACCCUCCUCGCGGGUCUCCAGCUCGGGGGGUUCAUGCCCGUGCCCACUCCCGUCACCUCCAGCGUCAGCCCGCCUCCGCAUUUCCCCCGCGGCCCUGCGGGUCCCGCCCCCCGCCCCACCGGACGUAUCUCCCUUCCUUCCCACCCUUCUGCUUCUGGCCCACGGAAGCCUUUCUCCCAGCAGCCAAAUUUUUGUUUCUCUUUCUAGAGGCUUUUAUUCAAGGUCUGAAACCUUUUUAUUUGCCCCAUUGUUUUGUGCUUUUAAAAUGUAGCGUUAAAAAAUCCUUUUCGUUAAAACUUAAGUACAGAGAAUGGAUUAGCAAACGUCAGGGACUGGGAUUGCCAGUUCUCUUUUUGCUAGUUUUUUCAAACCCACCCACUCCCCCGCCCUUUUUUUUUGUAAUUUAAGAAAACUGUUAAAAACCCUGGCGGUCCAGUGGCUAAGACUCUGCACUUCCAAUGCAGGGGGCCUGGGUUUGACCCCUGGUCGGGGAACCAGAUCCCACAUGCCGCAACUAAGAGUUCGCAUGCCGCAACUAAGACCCGUAGCAGUUUAAAUUAAAAAAAAAAAAAUCUACUUAGCAAAUUUCAAAGUAUAUAAUACAGUAUUGUUGAUUAUAGUUACCUGGCUGUUAAUUAACUCUCCAGAACUUAUUCAUCUUGCAUAACUGAAUGUUUGUACUCUGACCAACAUGUCCAUUUUCAUUAAUCCCCAAACGCUGGCGACCACCAUUCUACUCCUUGAGUCUAUGAUUUGGACUGUUUUAGAUACCACGUAUAAGUGAGAUCACGCAGCGUUUGUCUUUCUGCGUCUGGCUUAUUUCACCUAGUAUAAUGCUCUCCAGGUUCAUCCAUGUUGUUGCCAAUGGCAGGAAUUCCUUUUUUUAUGACUGAAUAAUAUUCCAUUGUAUAUAUAUGCCACAUUUUUUUUCCUUGUUUUUUAUUUAUUUAUUUUUGGCCACAUUUACUUUAUCCUUUCAUCCAUGGACAGACAUUUAGGUUGUUUCCAUGCCUUAGCUAUUGUGAAUAAUGCUGCAGUGAACACGGGAGUGCAGAUCUCACUUUGAGCUCCAGAUUUCAUUUCCUUUGGAUAUAUACUGAGAAGUAGGAUUGUUGGAUCAUAUGGUGGUUCUACUUACAAUUUUUUGAGAAACCUUCGUACUGUUUUUCAUAGUUGAUGCACCAAUUUACAUUUCCACCAACAGUGUGUAAGGGUUCCCUUUUCUCCAAAUCCUCACCAAUGCUUAUCUUUUGCUUUUUUCUUUUAAAAGGUAAAGGAUGUUCUUUUUUAAAAAAUUAAUUUAUUUUUGGCUGCAUUGGGUCUUCAUUGCCGCACACGGGCUUUCUCUAGUUGCGGCAAGCGGUGGCUUCUCUUGUUGUGGAACACGGGCUCUAUAGGUGCGCGGGCUUCAGUAGUGUGGCACUCGGGCUCAGUAGUUGUGGCUCACGGGCUCAGUAGUUGUGGCGCAUGGGCUUAGUUCCUCCGUGGCAUGUGGGAUCUUCUCAGACCAGGGAUCGAACCCAUGUCCCUUGCAUUGGCAGGUGGAUUCUUAACCACUGUGCCACCAGGAAAGUUCCUCUUUUGCUUUUUGAGAGUAGCCAUUCUAACAAGUGUGAAGUGGUAUCUCCUUGUUUUUUUUUUUUUUAAUUAAUUAAUUUUAUUUAUUUUUGGCUGCAUUGGGUCUUUGUUGCGGUGUGCAGGCUUCUCAUUGCAGUGGCUUCUCUUGUUGCAUGCAGAGCACAGGCUCUAGGCACGUGGGCUUCAGUAGUUGUGGCUUGCAGGCUCUAGAGCACAGGCUCAGUAGUUGUGGCGCAUGGGCUUAGUUGCUCCAUGGCAUGUGGGAUCUUUCCGGACCAGGGCUCGAACCCGUGUCCCCUGCUUUGGCAGGCGUAUUCUUAACCACUGCGCCACCAGGGAAGCCCCUCCUUGUGGAUUUUUUUAAAAUUAAUUAAUUUAUUCAUUUAUUUAAUUUUUGGCUGCAUUGGGUCUUCGCUUGCACAUGGAUUUUCUCUAGUUGCUGAGAGUGGGGGCUACUCUUUGUUGCGGUGCGCGUGCUUCUCAUUGUGGUGGCUUCUCUUGUUGCAGAGCACGGGCUCUAGGCAUGCGGGCUUCAGUAGUUGUGGCAUGCCGGCUGUAGAGCGCAGGCUCAGUAGUUGUGGCGCACGGGCUUAGUUGCUCCAUGGCAUGUGGGAUCUUCCUGGACCAGGGCUCGAACCUGUGUCCCCUGCAUUGACCGGCGGAUUCUUAACCACUGUGCCACCAGGGAAGCCCUCUCCUUGUGGUUUUGAUUUGCAGUUCCCUGAUGAUGAGUGAUGUUGAGCACCUGAGCAUGUAGCUGUUGGUCAUUUGUAUGUCUUUUUUGGAGAAAUGUCUAUUCAGGUGCUUUGCCCACUUUUAAGUUGGGUUAUAUGGUUUUUUUGCUAUUGAGUUGUGUGAGUUCCAUAUAUAUUUUGGAUCUUAACCCCUAUCAGAUAUGUUGUUUGCAUGUAUUUUCUCCCAUCUCUUAGAUGCCAGAAAAAUAACUCUGUUGAUUGUUACUUUGCUGUCAGCAUGUUUUCUUAUACCUCUACACACUUAAUAGUGUUUCUGUAUUUUAAAAUCUACUUACGUAUCAUACUGUUGAUAUUCUACACUUACCAGUUUUACUCAGUCUUAUAACUUGUGUUCUGUCUCCUCUGUGACAAUGAUGUGUUCAUUCCUUUCAACCAUUGUGACCUUGCCUGUUCCCUGAUGAUGAGUAUUGAGGUUGUUCCCUUUUUUGCUUGUACACAGACAUGCAGGAACAUCCUUGUGUGUCUUUUGUGCAUUGGCAAGAGUUUUUAUAGGGCGCGUACCUAGAAUUAGGUUUCCUGACCCAGGGGUUUGCAGAGUUUCAGCUCUACCAGGUGGUGCCUGAUCGAUUUCCAGAGUGACUACCAGACUACCUACGGGACUCUGAGAAUCCAUGUUUCUCAUGUUUUCAGCGGACCACCAGGGAAUUCCCUUUUAAAUUUUUGAUGGUUUGUUUCUUUUUGUUUUGUAUAUUUAAAUAUAUGCUGUAUAUCUUUUAUUACAUAUGUUUGAAAAUAUUUUUUUUCACCUUGCAGUUUGCUUUUAAGUUUUUAAAAAUACUUCUUUACUUAUUUGGCGGCACCAGGUCUUAGUUGUGGCACUCGGGAUCUUCAUUGCCACCUGCGGGAUCUUUAGUUGCGGCAUUCGAACUGUUAGUUGUGGCAUGUGGGAUCUAGUUCCCUGACCAGGGAUUGAACCCAGACCCCCUACACUGGGAGCGUGGAGUCUCAGCCACUGGACCACCAGGGAAGUCCCAGUUUGCUUCUAAUUUUGUGGUGUCUUGUACAGAAGGUUUUUUUGAUGGAGUAAAAUUAAGCAACUUUUCCUUUAUGGAUGGUGUGUUUUCUGUAUUAUUUCCUUAUAAUAGCUGUAAACAUUUUAAAGAAACAUUUAGGCCUUCAGCCUGUCUGAAAUAUAUUUUUGUGUGCCAUGGAAGGCAGGAUCUAAUUUUACUUCCCUGUGGAAAUUCAGUUGUGCCAGCUUCAUUUAUUGAAUGGUGCAUUGCUCUUAACAUUGCAAGUGUGUCAUUAAUAUAUGCGUGGAUCUGUUCCAUUAUCCUCUUUCCUGUGCUCUUACAAUCAGCCCUCUGUAUCUGUGGGUUCUGCAUCUGUGGAUUCAACCAACUGAGGAUUGAAAAUGUUGGAGGAAAAAAAAUUGCAGAAAGUUCCAAAAAGUAAAACUUGGAUUUGCUACACCUAGCAACUUUGUAUAAAUUUUUAUUUAUUUAUUUGUUUAUUUGUUUAUUUAUGGCUGCGUUGGGUUUUCGUUGUUGCGCGCGGGCCUUCUCUAGUUGCGGUGAGUGGGAGCUACUCUUCAUUGUGGUGCGCAGGCUUCUCGUUGCGGUGGCUUCUCUGUGUUGCGGAGCACAGGCUCUAGGCAUGCGAGCUUCAGUAGUUGUGGCACGCGGGCUUUAGAGCGCAGGCUCAGUAGUUGUGGCACAUAGGCUUAGUUGCUCCGUGGCAUGUGGGAUCUUCCCUGACCAGGGCUCGAAUCCAUGUCCCCUACAUCAGCAGGUGGAUUCCUAACCACUGCGCCACCAGGGAAGACCCACCUGGCAAGUCUUUACAUAGUAUUUCCAUUGUAUCUACAACUAUUUACAUAGCAUCUACAUUGUGUUAAGUAUUGUAAGUAAUCUAGAGAUGAUUUAAAGUAUACGGGGGAUGUGUAUGUGUGUGGGUUAUAUGCAAAUACUAUGCCAUUUUAUAUAAGGGAGUUGAAUAUUUUUAGAUUUUGGUAUCCUAUUGGGGUCCUGGAAUCAAUUCUGCAUGGACACCUAGGGACAGCUGUAUCUCACUUUUAUUACCACAGCCUUAUAAUAAGACUUGAUAUCUGGUAGGGCAUGGCUCUGCCUUAGUUCUUCUUUGGCAUUGCCUUGGUUAAUCUUAGAUCAUUACUCUUGUGAUAUUUAGUGUCAUUUUGGUCAGAUAUCAUGAUAUGUCCCGUUGCAGUUUUGCUUGUACAGAAUUAAUAGGUUCAUUUGGGGAGAACUGACAUUUUUGUGAUAUUGAGCCCUCCUGUUUAUGAACGUUGUCUUUUUCUCCAUGGGUUUUGUUUUUUUAUGUGUGUGUCCUUCAAUGAAGUUUUAUCAUCUUGUCCAUAAAGUUACAUUUGUUUUGUUAGAUUUCGUAGGUGCUGUAUAGUUUUUGUAGCUGUUAGGAAUGCUGUUUUUUUGGUUGCUGAUUGUUAGUAUAUGGGAGUAAUAUUAAUUAGUCUAUUGACCUUGUAUAUGGCAAUCCUGUUGAACUUUUAUCAUCGCAACACUAGGUUGAUACUCUCGGAUUUUCUAUGUAGGUUGUCUUUUUUCUUCUUCUUCUUUUUUAUUUUGGUUGCAUGGUGGCAUGUGCAAUCUUAGUUCCCCAACCUGGGAUCAAACCCGUGUCCCUUGCAGUGGGAGCACGGAGUCCUAACCACGGAACUGUAGCUUCUAUUUCUUUUUCUGUGACUUAAUGCAUUGGCUAGGGUCUUUGGUACACUGUUACAUAGCAGCUGGGUGAGGGAGCAAGCAUCUGCCUCUUGUCGCUGACUAAUGCUAAUGCUUCUGUUGUGUUCCCUUAGCGUUGUUAUGAAACAGACUUGAGUGCUAGGAGUGCCAGGGUCUUGGCCUGCACUCUGAGAACCACCACUCUUAAUGUGUGGUAUGUAGAGUUGUGUUCCCUUUUUUGUUCUUAAUAGUAUUUCCUUUCCCACCUUUUCCCCUUCCCCACAUUGGACUUGCCAGACAUUUGUGUAUUUUAUUAGCAUUUUCAAAGAACCAAGUUUGAGAUUAUUUUCUGUUUCUUUAAACUGUGUUUAUUUUUUUUCAUCUUCUUUCCUUGAAUUGCUUUCUUAUUCUGUGCCUGGUUUCUUGUUGAACGCUUAGAUUAUUAUUUCAAUCUCUUUGUUAAAAUAAGUGCAUUAAGGUUUCCCUUAGGUAGUCUCUGUUUCCAUUUCCACCUUAAUUUCCAUUUCUAUGUUUUUCUUGAAGGGGGGGGUUCUUUUUUAAAUCAGAUAUUUCUAGUGGAACAACAAUAUGAAAGUUUGCCAAAUGAUAUCAGCCUUUGGAACUUUUUGUGUUUUAUAUAUAUAUAUAUAUACACACACACAUAUAUAUAUAUACACACACAUAUAUAUAUGUAUAUAUAUAUAUACACACACAUUUUUUAAGAUUUGUUUAUUAUUAUUAUUAUUAUUUUUUUGUGGUAUGCGGGCCUCUCACUGCCGCGGCCUCCCAUGUUGUGGAGCACAGGCUCCGGAUGCGCAGGCUCAGCGGCCGUGGCUCACGGGCCCAGCUGCUCUGCGGCAUGUGGGAUCUUCCCGGACCGGGGCAAGAACCCGUGUCCCCUGCAUCGGCAGACGGACUCUCAACCACUGCGCCACCAGGGAAGCCCAUAUUUUUUAUUAUUUAUUUAUUUUAUUUUAUUUAUUUUUGGGUGCGUUUGGUCUUAGUUGUGGCACGUGGGAUCUUUUGUUGCGGUGUGCGGGCUCUUUGUUGUGGCGUGUGGGCUUCUCUCUACUUGUGGUGUGUGGGUUUUGUCUUCUAGUUGUGGCGCGCAGGCUCCAGGGCGUGUGGACUAAGAAGUUGUGGCACGCGGGCUUAAUUGCCCCGUGGCAUGUGGGAUCUUAGUUCUCCGAGCAGUGAUCAAACCCACAUCCCCUGCAUUGGAAGGCAGAUUCUUUACCACUGGCCCACCAGGGAAGUCCCUGGAAUAUUUUGAAACUUUCUUUUUUGCCUGGUGUGUGUUGUUUCUUACAAUUUCAGUGUACAUUUUGAAAAAGUGUAUUCUCUGUGCUUUAAGUAAGUAUCCUCUAUUUGAUCCACUCAUUUCUGAGGGAAGUGUGUUAAAAUCUCUCAUUCCAGGGGAGGGUUUGCACGUUUCUCUUUGGCACUGCACUUAGCUUUGGCUUUCUACGCUUCAAGGAUUUGUUUGUAGAUACACAUGUUUGUAAUUACAGCUUUUGGUGGAUUUUUCGUUUUAUUAAUACCCGGUGUCUGCUUUUGUUCCUAAUAAUGAUUUUUGCUUUCAGUCUUGUUUUGAUUGGUAUAAACAUCGCUAAGGCACAUGCAGCAAAGCAUGUUCAGCUCGCAAACACCGUGCUAAGGAGAAGAAGGCAGCACGGAGUGCAGAAGGCAUAGCCCCUCUGACAGAGUCUGCAGGGCGCUGAUCUGUGCUGCCAGGAGCCCGGCAGAGGCUCUCCUGGGAGGCCGGCAAGUAGGCAGAGCCUGCAGCGGCGGCAGGGCUGCCAGGGCCUGGUUCUGUGGGCCGGGCCCCUCGAGCUGUGUGUUCGGGUUGUCAACUCUGCUGUAUAAACGUCAUACUUCAAUAAAGAGCUUUAAAGAUACAGAAAAGGUAAAUAUAGCUAUUAUAGCUUUAUUUUAAUUAGGGUUUCUUUGGUCUGUCUUAUAUUUAGCUUUUCUGUGUUAUUUUAGGUUAUAUACGUGCAUUUUGUGUAUCUAAUUGGAGAGUCUUGUGCUUCCAGUAGGGAGCAGAGUCUGCCCGGAAGGCCGAGCCCUGAGGCUGCGGCUGCAGGAGGGGCCCGGCUGGACCUCCACAUGUGCCUCUCUCUUCCCUCAGCACCUGAGUGACUGGCUCCUGCCUCAAUCCCCGGGAAGCCCAGGGUACUAGGCGAUGGCAGCUUUGCAUCUGUCUACCCUGCCCCAGGCUGAAGUGACCUUCGAGGACGUGGCCGUGCUCCUCUCCAGGGAGGAGUGGGGCCGUUUGGGCCCUGUUCAGAAGGGCCUCUACAGGGAUGUGAUGCUGGAAACCUACAGGAACCUGGUCUCGCUGGGAGCUGGACCUGCAGGCCCCAAGCCAGAGGUGAUUACACAGUUGGAGCGAGGGGAUGAGCCGUGGGUCCCGGACGUGCAGGGGAGAGAGCGACCGACCAUCGAUGGCUCAGCUCAUGGGACCAGGACUGAGAAUCAGGAGUUGACUUCAAGCGAGAUGCUCUAUGGGGAAGAACUGGACCGACUCAGGGGGAGUUUUCUCCAGGGACCUGAGCCAGGAGAAGCCUGUGAGCAUGUCAGGGAGCCAGAGGGGAGCAUGGACGGGCCUGUGGAGCAGAGAGGCCCCAGGCCAGUCACACUGGCCAACAAGGAGAGUGGCCUGGAGUCUGGGGGAAACCUCAGGUUGGGGUCAAGCACUCUCCCUGAUCAGAGACCUCACAAAUGCGAUAUAUGUGAGCAGAGUUUUGAACAGAGAUCGUAUCUUAAUAACCAUAAGCGUGUACACAGGUCCAAAAAAACAAAUAUGGUGCGUGAUUUAGGGGAAGUUUUCACUGCAAAUUUAGUUGUUAAAGAAGAUCACAAAAUUCCUAUUGGAAAAAAAUUGCAUUAUUGUGGUUGCUGUGGGAAAGCCUUCAGGUACAGUGCUAACCUUGCCAAGCACCAGCGGCUGCACAGCGAAGAGAAGCCCUACAAGUGCGACGAGUGUGGGAAAGCCUUCCACCAGAGCUGCGAACUCAUCAAUCAUCGCAGGAUGCACUCCGGGGAGAUCCCCUACCGCUGCGAUGAGUGUGGGAAGACGUUCAAUCAGAGGCCAAAUCUCAUGAAGCAUCAAAGGAUCCACACUGGGGAGAAGCCCUACAAGUGUAGUGAGUGUGGGAAGCACUUCAGUGCCUACUCGUCCCUCAUUUAUCACCAGAGGAUCCACACUGGAGAGAAGCCCUACAAGUGCAACGACUGUGGGAAGGCCUUCAGUGACGGCUCAAUCCUCAUCCGACAUCGUCGGACUCACACUGGAGAGAAGCCAUAUGAGUGCAAAGAAUGUGGCAAAGGCUUUACCCAGAGUUCUAACCUUAUUCAACAUCAAAGAAUUCACACUGGAGAAAAACCCUAUAAAUGUAAUGAAUGUGAGAAAGCCUUCAUCCAAAAAACCAAGCUUGUUGAACAUCAGAGAAGCCACACUGGAGAAAAGCCCUAUGAAUGUAAUGACUGUGGCAAGGUUUUCAGCCAGAGCACCCACCUCAUCCAGCAUCAGAGGAUCCACACAGGAGAGAAACCCUACAAGUGUGGUGAGUGUGGGAAGGCCUUCCACAACAGUUCCAGACUCAUCCACCAUCAGAGGUCACACCACGGAGAGAAGCCGUACAAAUGCACUGAUUGCAAGAAAGCCUUCAGCCAGGGCACAUACCUCCUGCAGCACCGGAGGAUUCACACCGGGGAGAAGCCGUACACGUGCGGCGAGUGUGGCAAGGCCUUCCGGCACAGCUCCAACAUGUCCCAGCAUCAGAGGAUUCACCUCCGGGAAGACUUUUCCCCAUGACUAGGGGAGGCCCCUGAGGUCUGCUGUGCAAUUCCUGCAUGUGACCCACCCAGCCCUUUACCUGCUGUCCACAUAGUGUUGUCACAGGUGAAAGAGCAUUUCUGUCUAAUUAAAAAAAGUCUUAAAACAGAAGCAGUGCAUGGUCACUUUAGAGAAAUCGAGUGAGAAACAUAAGCAAACAGGAGAAACUCCUGUAGCUUCCCCUUAGACAAAGAGAACUCACCACCACUGCGCCCGGUGUAGGUUUCGUCCAGACACACCAAACAGCAUCCUCUAGAGAAGUACUGUGGUGCUUUCUGUGCAGCUCGUUUCCUCAAUCCUAGAAAACUCACACUGGAGAGAUCUAUGUGUUUACAUUGUUUUACACAUUGUAAAUUUAAAAAAAUUGGCAUAUUGUUCAUACUUUUCUGUAUCACUUAAUAGAAUUAAUAAUUGCCUUUUUUAUUGUGGUAAAAUAAUAUACGAUGUUACAUGUACCAUUUAAACCAUUUUUGACUGUACAAUUUAGUGGCAUUAGAUACAUUCACAAUAUUGUAUAGCUAUCAGCAAAUCUGUUUCCAAACUGGUUUAUCUGAAACAGAAACUCUGCACCCAUUAAACAGUAACUCUUCACUCUC